CUUUCCAAUUCAGAUUCCCUUGGUGCUAUCUGGGAGACUCUAUUGGAAGUCUAUUUUGCUUCCUAAUUCUCCCCUUCAGAGAAACCACUGUUUUUGUAUGCAUAGCAAUAUAAAGAACUAUCACAAAAGGAGAACCGGUGAAUUUGUGAAAAGGAAUACUGAAGCAGCAUGCUGGCUGGAUUUGGCUGAGUUCACAUGGUAAUCCUAUUCUAAGAACUCAGGCACUCAGGUAUCCACUAUGGUAUUGGGUCGUGAACAGAAGAUGUCAGAUGAUAAUGCUUCUGGAGACCAUGCCAGUCUUGGGGCCCUCAACCCUGCCUAUAGUAACUCCUCUCUCCCACAGUCCAACGAGCACUCAGAGGAGCCCUUUGCUACCUACUUUAAUGAGAAGAUUUCCGUUCCUGAGGAAGAGUACUCUUGUUUUAGCUUUCGUAAACUCUGGGCUUUCACCGGACCUGGCUUUCUUAUGAGCAUUGCUUACCUGGAUCCAGGAAACAUUGAAUCUGAUUUGCAGUCCGGAGCAGUAGCUGGAUUUAAGUUGCUCUGGGUCCUUCUUCUGGCCACCAUCGUGGGGCUACUGCUUCAGCGGCUCGCAGCUAGACUGGGAGUGGUCACUGGGCUGCAUCUUGCUGAAGUGUGUCACCGUCAGUAUCCCAAGGUCCCACGAAUCAUCCUAUGGCUGAUGGUGGAGUUGGCUAUUAUUGGCUCAGAUAUGCAAGAAGUCAUUGGCUCAGCCAUUGCCAUCAAUCUUCUGUCUAUGGGAAGGGUUCCUCUGUGGGGUGGAGUCCUCAUCACCAUUGCAGAUACCUUUGUAUUUCUCUUUUUGGACAAAUAUGGCUUGCGGAAGCUAGAAGCAUUUUUUGGCUUUCUCAUCACUGUUAUGGCCCUCACAUUUGGAUAUGAGUAUGUUACAGUGAAACCCAACCAGAGCCAGGUCCUCCAGGGCAUGUUCGUGCCAUCCUGUUCAGGCUGCCAGACCUCACAGGUCCAGCAGGCUGUGGGCAUCGUGGGAGCUGUCAUCAUGCCGCACAACAUGUACCUGCAUUCUGCCUUAGUCAAGUCUAGACAGGUAAACCGGAGCAAUAAGCGGGAAGUUCGAGAAGCCAAUAAGUACUUUUUCAUUGAAUCCUGCAUUGCUCUCUUUGUUUCCUUCAUCAUCAACGUCUUUGUUGUCUCAGUCUUUGCCGAAGCAUUUUUUGAGAAAACCAACGAGCAGGUGGUUGAAGUCUGUAAAAACAGCAGCAGUCCCCAUGCUGGCCUCUUCCCUAAUGAUAAUUCAACCCUGGCUGUGGAUAUCUACAAAGGGGGAGUUGUGCUAGGAUGUUACUUUGGGCCGGCGGCACUCUACAUCUGGGCAGUGGGGAUCCUGGCUGCAGGACAGAGCUCCACCAUGACAGGAACUUAUUCAGGCCAGUUUGUCAUGGAGGGAUUCCUGAACCUAAAAUGGUCACGCUUUGCUCGAGUGAUUCUGACCCGCUCUAUUGCCAUUGUCCCCACUCUGCUUGUUGCUGUCUUCCAAGAUGUAGAGCAUCUAACGGGGAUGAAUGAUUUCCUAAAUGUUCUACAGAGCUUACAGCUUCCCUUUGCUCUCAUACCCAUCCUCACAUUUACAAGCUUGAGGCCAGUAAUGAAUGACUUUGCUAAUGGAAUAGGCUGGAGGAUUGCAGGUGGGAUCUUGGUCUUGAUCGUCUGCUCCAUCAACAUGUAUUUUGUAGUGAUUUAUGUUCGGGACCUAGGGCAUAUAGCAUUAUACGUGGUGGCUGCUGUGGUCAGCGUGGCUUAUCUGAGCUUUGUGUUCUACUUGGGUUGGCAAUGUUUGAUUGCACUGGGCAUGUCCUUCCUGGACUGUGGGCACACGUACCACCUGGGAUUGACAGCACAGCCUGAACUUUACCUUCUCAACACCGUGGAUGCCGAUUCCCUUGUGUCUAGAUGACCGACAACUGAAAGAUAUCUGAGAACCACUUUUUCUAAGCCCUUUAGUGCCAGGUGUCCUGUUAACAUAUCUCUGUUAGUUCAGAGGUGAGUUUUGUUCAAAUGUUUUGAACAAAUAACAAAGAUUUCCUCAUGGGAAGGGUGUUAAAAGCUGACAGCUAAAAGCGUAGGUUAGAGACCCUCAUACCUCACAACAGUCGUACAAGAGCCAGAGUUAAGGCCUGUGAUGGCCACACACCCCUAUGGGUUUGUGUCUUGAUUCCUGGGAUUUAAAAAAUAUAUAUGUGUAUACAUAUUUAUGUAAACCUGAACAUAUCAGUUUGGGUAGAGUUUUAAGGUUAUAUGAAACUGAUCUUUUAUAUUUUUUUUAAAAUAUUGUUCAGUCAGGUAUUUGUUUUGUCUGGAUCACAAGUGAGAAAGGACGGGAAAUAAUGCUCUUUUUCACAAUGAGCUCGUCAGAUUGA